AUGGAGUGGCCUAAAGAAAGGCUAUUCAAUGGAAUCAAUCGAUCCCUCAUUCUGGACUAUGCCAGUAGGAAACCUCUAUUUUCUAGACUUACCUCUUGGAGCUCUGGAUCUGAGAUUAAUUCUAUCAUGGUGACAUCGGAUAGACGAGGUAAACAACUUCCUACUCCGAAUACCGUGACAAAUUUUGGCAAAAGUGAAACCAAUUCUUCAGACGCUUGUCCUGAUGCAAAUGAUUCAAUUGGGACUAAUUUCACAACAGAGUCCGUAGAAUCGGUUCCCCCUGCCCCACAUACGGAGGAUGUGAUUGUCCGACAGUUACAAGCGGAGAAUGACUCACUACAUGUGGAUACUCCCUGUCUCUCGAAUGUCGUUGAGAGGAUUUUACACUCUAUGAGGGUCGUGGGAGAGAAUAUGGAUACAGGGAUUAAUCCAGAGUUCCGUGUUCUGUUGAAAAGUGUAGCGGAAAAAGUGAAACAUCCGGAUGAAGCUACGCGACACGGAGUCAGACAGACUAUCUUACAGAGUCGUGGCUACGUUUCCAAUACUAGGAUUUGUUCACACACACCACAAGAAACCCGAGAUUUUACAUGUAAAUCAGCUAGAGAGUCUGCAAGAGUGACAGGAAGUUCAGUCAACGGAGCAAAUCAUACUCACGCUCACAGCAGUACGCGCAUGAACGUCACACCCCUUUCCCAGUCCUGCCCACCUCCAUCGAAUAAGACUUCAAGUUAUCUGCUGUUUAAAAGGUUGUCUAACUCCAAACACAUGAAAUCACACCAAACGUUAUUUGGUAGUGAGGAAUUAGACAUGCCCAUGUCGCCUCACUUCGUUGUGGGUCUAGUAACUCCUGACGCACUCUCACAGGCUGCUAAAGCGUCAGUGCACUCUUUACAAGGAACUCAGUCUGUUUUCCCCAAGCGUAUAACUGCUCAGACGGAGCGCGUGAAGCGUGAGAAGGCUAGGAAACGAUCUAGUGCGGACCUAAGUGUUGGAGGAUUGUACGCAGAGGGACAAACAGGGCGAACUUUGACGCAUAUGCGUAGGGCUCGAAAGCAAAGUGAGAAAUUUACCUUGCACUCUGGAGAUGGUUUUAACAAUAAAGGAGUUCAGACUGAGAGAGUGGUUGGUUGGAAGAAAAGCCCUUCCAAUCGCUCAGGCUUUAAUCCAAGGAAAUCGGCAACACCCCAUCAAAGUACUGAAUUCAAUUGGGAACAUCCGUCACUCCCAAGUAUGCCAUAUACAGUAUACUACUGCAGACGAGCCCUCGAUAGCGCACAUCAGUUAACGCAUUCCAAUUCGCAUCGGGGUGCAGAAUGGAACUAUUGGCCUGCGCGGCAAUAUCAGCGAUCCCCAGCUCUCUCCAAAUCAUGCAGCCCAUCUGUUUCGACCCGACCCCGGCGCAUUAAUUACCCCAAGCGGAAACGCAAAUCGAGUAAGAAGCCUUCGUGUAAGGGUACGUUGUGGAGUCAAAGACAGCAGUCUGUAGAGGCUUGA